GUCCGAGAGACCCGGAUGUCCCGGGCCGUCCCGCAGGAAGGACCGGCGGCUCAGCAUCACUUUUCUUUAUCGGUCUCUAAAGCAGUGACAGUGACAUGGGCAGCAGAGGUCACGACACGCCGCGCAGAGCUAACGCCGGAGCUAACGCCGGAGCUAACGCCGGAGCUAACGCCGGAGCUUCCCCCGAACCGCGGAGCAGGAAAUGACUCGGGCGGAUGGAACCGGAGGGACGAGCGACGGCCGCCUCGACCCGGAGGCCCUCUGGGCCCUCGAGCGGGCCGACGGCGCGGAGAAGGUCCAGGAGGCCGGGGACGGGGCGCGGGGGUCCGAAUGCGGAGACCCGGCGGCCGCGGUCACCGCUCCGGACGGCGGGUGGGGCUGGGUGGUGCUGGCCGCCACCAUCAUCGUCCUGGCUCUGACCCUGGCCUUCCCCUCCUGCAUGGGCAUCUUCUACACCGACCUGCAGAACGAGUUCCACGCCUCCAACAGCGAGACCUCCUGGGUGCCCUCCAUCAUGACCUCGGUGCUCCACGCAGGAGGGCCCUUUUGCAGCGUGCUGGUGGAGCGACUCGGUUGCCGGGCGACGGUCAUGCUGGGCGGCGUCCUGAGUGGGCUGGGAAUGGCCGCCAGUUCGUUCAGCCGGUCCGUGGAGGAGCUCUACCUCACCGCCGGGGUCAUCACAGGACUCGGUUUCUGCUUCAGCUUCCAGCCCGCGGUGACGAUCCUCGGCCACUACUUCGUGCGCCGCCGCGCCUUCGCCAACGCCAUGUCCUCCACGGGCACGGCGCUGGGCCUGUGCACGCUGCCCUUCCUGGGCAACUACCUCCACGCGGAGCUGGGCUGGAGGGGGAGCUUCCUCGUCCUGGGCGCCGUGCUGCUGAACAGCUGCGUGUGCGGCGCGGUGAUGAGGCCCCUGGGGGCCCCCGAGCGCCGCCGGGGCCCGCCGCUGAUGAACCACGGGCCGCCGCCCGAGGAGGGGAGCGCCGGCGAGGGGAGCGGGCGGAUGAGACGCGCGUGGAGCUGCCUGGCGGCGUUCCUCAGCAAACACAUGGCCUUCGACCAGCUGCGCCACAACGCCCGCUACCGCGCGUUCGCCAUCGGCAUCACCUGGAUGAUGCUGGGCUUCGUGGUGCCCCUGGUGUACCUGGUCCCCUACGCCACGGCCUACGGCAUGGACCAGAGCCGCGCCGCGCUGCUGCUCUCCAUCCUGGGCCUGGUGAACAUCGUGGUGCGGCCGCCCUUCGGCGUCCUCUUCAGCAUGCCGUGGUUCAAAGGGCGCCACCUCUACGUCUUCGCCUGGGCGCUGCUGGUCAACGGGCUCAGCAACAGCAUCUGCUGCGUCGGGCCCGGCUUCGGCGUGCUGCUGGCGUACGUGACGGUCUACGGGCUCUCCAUGAGCGUGGUGGGCUCCCUGAUGUACACCGUGCUCAUGGAGGUGGUGGAGAUGAGCCGCUUCCCCUCGGCGCUCGGCCUGCUCGCCAUCAUGGAGAGCGUCACGCUGCUCGUCGGGCCGCCGCUGGCAGGCUUCCUGAUCGACAGGACGGGUCAGUACUUCCACGUCUUCUUCGCCUCCAGUGCCGUCGUCGCCUCCUCCGCCGUCUUCCUCAUGGUGGCGUUCUACUGGCUGGACGCCAGGGACAGGAAGCUGUCGAAGCGGGGUCGAGCCCCCGCGCUGCCCGAGCCGGCGAGGCCUCCUGUGGACUUGGCUCCCGGCUGUCAGUACCGCAGCGUGCCCACAGAGGGCGACAAAGACGCGGCCUCGGCCAACGGGGCGGAGAACGUCACCAGCAUCUGAACGGGUGGAUUAUCCCCCCCCUCACCCCCCCCCCCCCCCCCGUGUCGGUUCUUCGGGGUCCUACAUACCAAAGUGAACACACGUGCACUUACAGCCACAACGCCUAUUGUACUAUUUAUUGCAAAAAUGCUGCUAAAUCAUAUUUCUGUGGUCACAUAUAUCAAAUAUCGCUGAUCAAGCCAAGUUACACAGGAGCUCCUUUUGUUGAUUCAAAACCAUUAAAGGUUUUAUUAUGCUAUAUUUUUCCCACCUGCCUGGCCUCAAAUGUGCAGCGUGCGAAAAUUAAUUUGUUUUAUUAAACGCAAAUGUUCCCUCGU